CGUGGGGGAGCGGUCAUGCUGCGCGGCGUAGGGGCCGUGUUGCGAAGAGCGGCGAGUGGCGGCGGAGGGCAGACGCCGGGGCAGGGUCCGGAAUCAGCGCGGCCGCAGGCGCUGGAACCGUCGCUGCUGGGCUUCCUGGUGUGUCCGCUCUCCAAGCGGCCGCUGAGGUACGAAGAAGCUACCAACGAGCUCGUUAACGACGAGCUAGGCAUCGCGUACCCUAUCAUCGACGGCAUUCCGAACAUGGUCCCAGAGGCAGCCAGGACGACUAAGAAGAAGCCCCCAGCCGAGGACUCCAAGCAGCCCUGA